GGCUUCCGUCCAAUAUCAUCCCAACUUACCAACAUCUGUAAUCUUACAGGUUGACAGAUUUCUAACGGGAUGUCAAGCUGCCACUCUUUCUACACCGCAGAUGUGGCAUUACUGCCAUUCCUCUUUCCUUUACCGUUUGUCCGAGGUUGUGGAUUCACUAGUUACGAUCUACCAGGAUGCUGGUUAUAUACAUAGUGUUGGUUAUUCCCAGCAUCUUGGAUAUGGUAAUUAGUUUGAAAACUUCGAUAGUUCCAUUGAGUGACGUUUAGAUAUUUCAAGGGAGGUUGAACCUGGAUCUAGUGCUUUAAGCGGCCAGCUUUCAACCAUAAAAGGAUCUUUCCCAGCUCUCAAGGAUUCCUCAGCUCCCAAGCACAAGAGAUCUCUCCAUUCCCUUUGCCGAUUCCUUCUUAUCAGACUCACAAACUUUCAAAGUUACCAACAUGCGAUUCAGUGAAACCCUCCUGGUCGCUGGCCUGCUCGUAGGAAUCUCAGCUGCGCUCCCCCAGGGAGCUGGAGAACUUGCCAAUACCAUUGCUGCUGGACAAAGUUCUCACCCAACAUUCUUCGAUCAUGAGACUAUCUCUCCGAGAGAUGAAGAACUUACCGACACCUUUCCUGAUGGACACAUUUCUCACGUGCAAGCCUUCGGUCAUAAGGCUGUUCUCCACACUCAAAACUAUGCAAAGCACAGGAGUCCUACCAGUUGCGUCAAGGGAAAGGUUUUCGAUCGAAUUGUCAACAUCUGGUUUGAGAAUACUGAUUUCGAGAAUGCCCUUGCAGACCCCAACUUCAAACAUUUCAAAGAGAUGGGUAUUUUAUUGACAAAAUAUAUCGCGGUAACUCAUCCAAGUGAACCAAAUUACCUCGCAUCCUCUGCAGGUGAUUAUUUCGGUCUCGAUGGUGAUCCAUUUACUACUGUUCCUGCCAACGUUUCCUCUGUAGUUGAUCUCCUCGAAGACAAGGGAAUCACUUGGGGUUUGUACCAGGAAGAUAUGCCAUACACUGGUUUCCAAGGUAUGGAGUGGCGUAACGAACUCACCGGUGCCGAUGCAUAUGUUCGCAAGCACAACCCUGAAAUCCUCUUCAACAAUGUCGUUGAUAAGCCCGAGCGUCUUCAAUUGAUCAAGAAUGAGACCUUGUUCCACCAAGAUCUCGCUGCAAACACAUUACCCCAAUGGAUCUUCUUCACCCCCAACAUGACCUCUGACGCCCACGAUAGCUCCAUCGAGGUCGCAGGCAAGUAUCUCUACAACCUCCUUAACCCCCUCCUUACCAACCCUCACUUCAUGAACAACACUCUCGUCGUCAUCACCUUCGAUGAGAACGAGGUCUACGCCCGUCAAAACCGUGUUCUCACUAUUCUCCUCGGUGACGUCGUUCCAGAGGAGCUCCGCAACACCACCGACGACACUUACUACAACCAUUACUCUAAAAUCUCCACCAUCGAAGCCAACUGGGGACUCCACACCCUUGGUCGCUUUGACGUCGGCGCUAAUGUCUUCAAGUUCAUUGCCGAGAAGACCGGCGACAAGAUCCGUAGCUGGGCUGAUGGUGUCCUUGAGACCCGCUUCUUCAACCACAGUUACCCUGGUUUCCUUGCCGCGACCGUUGGAUGGGCACCCCAGCCUGUUCCAAACACUAAGUUGGUGGUCAAUGAGCGAACCGUCUUGCCUGCCAUCAAGGAGUACUGGGGAGGAAAGGAUAUGAAUUCCAAGUAUCAAGGUCAAUUGGAGAUCCCUGAUGGAUACAAUUACUAAACUAGCGCAUCGAGGGGCUGGUAGUGUGACGUAAGGGCGAAGGAUUUACUACUAGUAGAACUACUUUGCUGUAUCAUCUUGAACCUUCCCAAUCACACAUUUGAUUUUUUGUUAAUUGAUUUUGCGAGUCUUCUGGUGCUACAUAGGGGGAAAAGGAUUGGAGUAAACUUUGAUUUUGAAACCCUAUUCGUGGUACAUAAGGAGGAUAAAAGUUAUUACAACUCGUUUGUUUUGUUAUUAUUGAUAUUUUCACGGGGGCGUAUGGAGAACGGUGUAUAGGCCAGGCUGGGUAUUAAUGUAUAAUAGUCGAUCUGGGAUGUGGGUGAAGAGUAAGAGGUUCCUUGGGUUUUGAGGAUUUCUUUGAUUCGGCCACUGGAUUGGUACCAAAAAAAUGAGGAAAAAUAGAUGAAGAAAACCCCA